AUGCUGCGCAAAGAAGUCCUUCGGCGGUCCCGAUUUGCUGCGGGGCUGUUCCCCCAUACUCGAUUGCAGAGCACCACAUCGUCCCCAGCGCCCGCGCCCGCGACCGAGAUUAUUCCUCCGCACGCGAACGCCACUUCCCGCCGCAAGGCGCUGAAGUCUGCCAAACCCUUCUCUGAGUUCCUGACCGACACCUUCAACCGCCAGCAUGACUACCUGCGUAUCAGUGUCACCGAGCGGUGCAACUUGCGCUGUCUCUACUGCAUGCCCGAAGAAGGAAUCGAACUCUCGCCACAGCCGCGGUUGCUCACCUCCCCCGAGAUCGUGUACUUGUCCUCGCUUUUCGUCUCGCAGGGCGUCUCUAAGAUUCGACUGACGGGCGGAGAGCCGACAGUACGGAAAGACAUCGUUCCCUUGAUGCAGGAUAUUGGCAAGCUGCGUCGAGACGGACUGCGGGAGCUUUGUCUGACCACCAACGGGAUCUCGCUCCAUCGCAAGUUGGACCCCAUGGUGGAGGCAGGCUUGACAGGAGUCAAUCUCAGUCUGGACACCCUGGACCCAUUCCAGUAUCAGAUUAUGACACGACGGAAGGGCUUCGAGGCGGUCAUGAAGAGCAUCGACCGGAUUCUGGAAAUGAACAAGGUCGGUGCGGGGAUCAAGUUGAAGAUCAACUGCGUCGUCAUGCGGGGCAUGAAUGACCGCGAGAUCAUCCAAUUUGUCGAGAUGGGUCGCGAGAAGCCGAUCGAGGUGCGCUUUAUCGAGUAUAUGCCCUUUGAUGGGAACAAGUGGAACCAGGGCAAGAUGUUCCCCUACCAAGAAAUGCUGGCCGUCAUCCGGGAGAAAUACCCAGACUUGGAGAAGGUGGCCGACCACAAGAACGAUACCAGCAAGACCUAUAAAGUUCCCGGCUUUGUGGGUCAGAUCGGUUUCAUCACCAGCAUGACGCACAAUUUCUGCGGGACCUGCAACCGAUUACGCAUUACCAGUGACGGGAACCUGAAGGUCUGUCUUUUCGGAAAUUCUGAGGUUUCAUUGCGAGAUAUCAUCCGCCGGGAAAAUAACGGUGAGCCCAUUGAUGAAGAUGCGCUGAAGGAACUCCAGCUAUUGGAGACUGUACAAUCUGCGGCUCGGCUCAGUGAUGAGGGUGGCCUGAUCAAUGAACGCGAGCGCGAAAUCCUCGACGUCAUUGGUAUGGCCGUGAAGCGCAAGAAGGCAAAACACGCCGGCAUGGGUCAAUUGGAGAAUAUGAAGAACCGGCCUAUGAUUCUCAUCGAUCGUAAACCAGGUCUAGAACCUCGACAUGGAGUCGGCAUGAUGUCCACGGCUUCUUCACCAUGGUCGAGAAUCCCAUCUCAUCUACUCCCAUCUAUUCCCGGCUCUCCGCAGGCUCGCCUCUACCACACCAGACGUGCUGCAAGCAACAAAUCUUCCACCGAUGACGAGAACCACAAAUCACACUCUCUUCCUACAGCCUCCGACCACGACCUCCCCCAUCUCACACCCGCACAAACCGUCCACAUGACCCAGAUCACAGAGAAACCCGAAACUGCACGAAAAGCAACAGCUGCCUGCCAAGUCGCCUUUUCCAACUCCAGGCCUUGGGAACUUUUACGGAAAGGUCAAGGCACGCACAAAGGCGACGUCUACGGUGUUGCCCGGAUAGCAGGGAUCAUGGCUGCAAAGCGCACCCCGGAUUUGGUCCCACUUUGUCAUCCAGGAAUUGGCAUCACAGGUGUUGAGGUUACGGUUGAGCUAGUCGAGCCUGCUUCAAAAAAGGCGGACGACUACGGCUCUAUGCAGAUUGUCUCGACUGUCAGUUGCUUUGGGAGGACCGGAGUCGAGAUGGAGGCGAUGACCGCUACCACUGGUGCAGCUUUGACUGUGUAUGAUAUGCUGAAAGCCGUGGACAAGGGGAUGGUCAUUGGCGGUGUGCGAUUGUUGGAGAAGCAGGGUGGAAAAAGUGGGCAUUGGGUGCGAGAGGAAUAA